GGGAGGGGCGUGCAUUGUGGGUCUUGUGUUUAGUGUUUGGAAGCUGUCGGAUAGUAAAUUGUCCUGCGUGAACUUCAUUGAGAAUGGCAGUCUUCUCCUCUUCAUCAGUCACAACCCUACGGAGACACUCUCCAUUCUUCUCAGGGACAUACAGAGACUUUAAAAAGAUGAGCUAUUACGCUGUAAAGAAUGGAAGAAACUGUGGUGUUUACUCAACAUGGGAUCAUUGUAGAGACCAGGUAGAUGGAUAUUCCAAUGCCAGUUUUAAGAAGUUUGGUUCCAGAGAAGAAGCCUGUGCUUUUGUAAAUGACCGUGGUUCAAGCUCUGGUUCCAGGUCCUGGGAUGCAAGCCCAUCUUCAAGCUCUGGUUCUAGGUCCUGGGAUGCAAGCCCAUCUUCAGGCUCUGGUUCCAGGUCCUGGGAUGCAAGCCCAUCUUCAGGCUCUGGUUCCAGGUCCUGGGAUGCAAGCCCAUCUUCAAGCUCUGGACAACGAGCAGUAGUUUACACUGAUGGCUGCUGUGAGAGAAAUGGUCAGUAUGGAGCAAAAGCUGGACUUGGUGUGUUCUGGGGAGAGGACCACCCUCUUAAUACAAGUGAAGGACUUUCAGGAAGACAGACCAACCAGAGAGCAGAAAUACAAGCUGCAACCAAGGCGGUGCAACAAGCUAAAAGUCAAAAUAUAAAGAAGCUGGAAAUCCGAACCGACAGCAAGUUUACAAUAAAUGGAGCUACAAAAUGGAUUCACAAUUGGAAGAAAAAUGAUUGGACUCUAAGCACUGGAGGUCCUGUUGUCAACAAAGAAGAUUUCCAAAAUCUUGACCGUGUCUCCCGUGGCAUGGACAUCACCUGGACGCAUGUCCCUGGACAUUCGGGUGAUGCAGGGAAUGACAUGGCUGACUUGCUGGCACGACGCGGAGCAAGCAAGAGAUAUUAGUGCAGUGAAGUUCUCUUUGGAUUCUCUGAAUAAACCAAGUUUGUUCAAUCUAGGUGUGGUUAUCUUCAUUACUAAACCAAUGUAUAUAGUCUUCAUUAAGAGUUGCGGAGGUGUUUUAAACUGUUGUCCUCCAGUUAAGCACUUAAGUGUGUUAUUUAAGAUAUUGGAAGUUCUAUUUUUUUAUAUAUAAAAAAAAUACAAAUAAUUGAAAUUGCCUGAUGGUUUGGAGGGGGGGGGGUGGGGUUCCAUGUUCUAUUUUGAAUUGUAUUGCUGUUAAGUUUUUGUUCUCCAUCUUCUGUGUGAUUUGUGUAAAAUCUCAUUGUUCAAUAAAACUUUUUUGUACAUGAUUUUGUUUUUGAAUGCAAAA